AAUUUCGCUGAUUUCUGCUCAUUUCCAAACACAUAUACAUUAUUCACAGCUAGCACUGCAGUAAUUAAGUAGCUAGCAGAGGGGCAGAGAGAGAGAGUGAGUGAGAAAGAGAUCAAGAUCAUUAUUAUAUAUUGCAUUUGAUAAUAUAUAUAUAAUGGCGGAUCAAACGCUGGGCGCCGUGGGGUCGCUGCUGGGUGUGUUGUCGAAGGUGGUGAAGGACGAGGCGAAGCUGCUGGGAGGCGUGGAGGGCGACAUCCAGUUCAUCAGGGACGAGAUGGACAGCAUGAACGGCUUCCUGGUGCACGUCACCAAGACGACCAACCACGACGACCAGCUCCGCGCCUGGAUGAAGCAGGUCCGCGACAUCACCUACGUCGCCGACGACUGCAUCAAGCUCUACAUGCGGGACGUCGUCCCGGAGGAGAAGGCUGGCCUCCGCGGCUGCCUCCUCCGCCGCGUGCCCAGCGUCUGCAAGCCCUACUGCUCGUUCCUCCACCGCAAUCUCACGACCCGCGACCAGCUCGCGAGGAGGAUCCACGAGCUCAAGGACCGGGUGCGCGAGAUCAGCGAGAGGCGGCAGCGCUACGACGUCAAGCUCCCCGAAGGCGAUGCGGUCCAGUCCCCGCCGGUGUCCCAGGACAGGAAGACGAAGGAGAAGAGGGACGAGUUCGUACGUGCCCUCGAAGAUGGCCAGUCUCCUUUCCGAGACGCGGUCCGCAAGCUCUCCAGCGGUGAUGGUGGUGCCCUGAUCAGAGACCGUGCUGCUCCUGCACUCGUACGUAGCAUCGUCGACACAUGCAUAACGAAGCUGGCCGAUGACCAUGACCGCAUCAUCAAGAUGCUGCUUCGUUCUCUGUACGCCCAUCCCUGUGGGACAAAAGAACUGGAGAACUUGUCCAACAAGCUCAGAGAAGGAGAAGAUGUGGCCAAGCAAGUGAUGCUUUUCUGCUACAGCAAGCUGUCUGUGCACUACAAGAGCUGCCUGCAGUAUCUGAUCACCUUCGAACUAGAGGAAAGCAUCAGCAGGACAAGCUUGGUGAGGAGGUGGCUCGCCGAAGGCCUAGUGCUCAAUGACCAACAACAACAUGGGAUAGAUGAUGAUGAAAGCAUGGAAGAGGCCGGUGAGCGCUGCUUCGAUGAUCUCCUGUUUCGGGGCUUCCUUUCUCCUGCCCCUGCACAUCGUUUUCCGAGGACCGGCGGCCUCAAGCUCAAGUGCUGCGUUCUUGAUGCUUCAGUCAAGACGUUCAUCUACGAUAUGUCCACAAGCGAGAAUUUUUUGGAUGACCUGCCAACUCACCUUCGGCAUCAGAUUAAUAUCAGAAAGACGGCUCGGCGGCGGGAGCUGCCACAGAAGCAGCACCAGCACAAACUACGGUGGACGCAGUCGACCAUCUGCUGCUGCUACUGCAGGGUUCCAAGAAUAAUGAAGGCAACAACAGCUGACGCUGGAGGCAGCAACAUCAAUGAUCCGCUGCUGCCGCUUCACCAUCCCAUGGAUGAGAUAGUAACUCUCCUCAAAACCCUACCUCCGGAGUACCGUCUCAAUGUGCUGGAUCUAGGAGGUUGCCUUGGGUUGAAGAUGAGCCACCUAAAGAACAUCUGCAAGCUGGUGCCGUCGCUCAAGUAUCUGAGCCUCCGGAAGACCAAUGUUUCUCAGCUUCCAAAGAAGAUGAACCGACUCCUGCAUCUGGAGACGCUCGACAUCAGGGACACCAACGUGCGGGGUGCAGCUAUGAGGGAUAUCUUCCUCAAUGAGCUGAAGCAUCUCCUUGUCGGCCGCAUAUUUAUUCCUGAUGCUGCCGCCGGCGACAAUGAGGCAUCAGCACUACUCUCCACCGUGCUGAUGCCUCCUAAGAUCAGCAAGAACACGGAGAUAUUGCGCCAUAUCCAGAUCAAGGAUGGCCCAGAAGCCCAGCUCCAGCUUUCGCAUGUCGCGUCUCUGGAUGGGCUAAGGAAGCUGGGGGUGGUCCUCGACGGCAGGGAAGAUAACAUCAAGCUUUUGCUCACCACAAUUGCCAGGCGGAGCGAUACCCUGCGAUCACUAUCAGUCUGGAUCACCGAGCCGCCGCCGGAGCACAGUGUCACUGGUGAACGCCACGGCGUUUUCGUGACUCUCGACCACAAGGAGAAGGCGACCACAUUGUUCUCGCAUCCCAGUAAACUUGAGAGCUUAAACCUCAAGUGCUACAAGGGAAAAAACAACAACAACAACUACAAUAUUCCUCCAUGGAUCAUAAGCCUCCAAAAGCUCUCCAAGAUCACUCUACGUCACAGCUUACUUUCCAGAGGUGGUCUGAGAGAGCUUGGCAAGAUGAAGAGCUUGCGCUGCCUCAAGCUCCGUCAGGAAUCAUAUAUCGAAGCCGACGUCACCGUGAAGUACGGGGAGUUCGAGGACCUCAGGCUUCUUGUGAUUGAUAAGAUCUCCAACAAGAUGACCAAACUUGUCUUCGAAGAAGAUGCAGCUCCCAAGCUGGAGAAGAUUGUCUGGAACUUCGACACGAUGACAACGCUGAUGGGGAUCACGGUAAACAACAUCAAAGGGAUCGAAAAUCUUCAAAACUUGAAGGAGCUAUGGAUCAACGGCGUCAACAUACCGUUUCCUUCAAGAUCCCGUGAAUGGAAGGAUAUAACCACAGUUCCGCAGAAAUUAUGGAGGCACACUUUUGGACCGGUAAUUGAAAGCUUAGCAUCUGAAAGCUGAGACGUUUCUUCUACCUCCAUCCUGUAAGGUGAGCUAUAUAUGUUCUUUCUCUCAUCCGCGAUUGAACUCAUCGAUGAGCCUCCUCCAUGCCACAUUUGCCUUCUCCGUCUGUCUGCUAGUGCCACCAUAUCCAUUGCCACCCCUUGAUCUCUCACCUGCUGCCUCCUAACCACUAUGUUUACCUUAUUCCUGUUGCUGACCCUGCCCACCAUGGAUUCACCCACCCACCAGCAGCUACAUGAGCCGCUGGAUAUAUAUCACUCCAAUGAAGUGUCUUAUAUAUAAGAAUUUCUCAUCAGUUCCCUGAGAAAUAACAAAGCCGGAAGAAAAAAGACCGAUCUAUCGCUGAUGCACUACUUAAUAUCCUGCCUAUGUUUUUUAUGUGAAUUCUGUAACGUGAUGCCAUGUCUGUGUGUGUUGCUGUUCAACAUGACAAUGUAUAUAUAUCAUGCAUGUACUUAUCGCACCUACUGAAAUAUAUACUGUAAUGUAUUGGAGUCACCACUAAAAAUUGACCGGGUUCUAGUAUA